UCUAGACGUCCCUAGCGCAGCAGCCACGGGCCUCCCUGCGCGUAGGAACCCCGUUUGCGGCCCACGUUGGGCGCUUUUAGCGAGGGCCGCCAGAGGAUAAAGCGCAGUGUGUCGGCAGGGCCCGGGGAAAGCAGCCCCGGGCCACUGGGCCCCACGAAGGCGGACCAGAAGUUCCGCGACCGCGCAGUCCGGCGGAGCCGUUAGUCGCGCACGCCGGAAGUGGCCCGUAGGCCGGUCUGAGGCGGUGCCCGCAGUGUGCAUCGUCCCUUGGCCGGGCGGCGACAUGGAGAACGGGGCAGCCGAGCUGUAUGACCAGGCCUUGCUGGGCAUCCUGCAGCACGUGGGCAAUGUCCAGGACUUCCUGCGCGUGCUCUUCGGCUUCCUCUACCGCAAGACUGAUUUCUAUCGCCUGCUGCGCCACCCAUCGGACCGCAUGGGCUUCCCGCCCGGGGCCGCACAGGCCCUAGUGCUGCAGGUAUUUAAAACCUUUGACCACAUGGCCCGUCAAGAUGAUGAGAAGAGGAGGAAGGAACUUGAAGAGAAAAUCAGAAGAAAGGAAGAGGAAGAGGCCAAGGCUGUGGCCGCUGCAGCCGAGAAGGAGCUGGUCCCAGUACCAGUCCAGGAAAUAGAGAUUGACCCUACCACAGAAUUGGGUGGAUCUCUGGAAGAGAAAGUGCAGCCUCCAGGCACACAGGACACUGUGCAGGAGGUUGCCCAUGACUCAGAGGAGGCAGAGGCUCCAGGAGCAGUGGCUGAUGCUUCUGAAGUCCCUAGGGAACCACAAGCUCUUCCCAGGAUUCAGGAGCAGUUCCAGAAAAACCCUGACAGUUACAAUGGUGCUGUCCGUGAGAACUAUACCUGGUCACAGGACUACACCGACCUGGAAGUCAGAGUCCCAGUGCCCAAGCACGUGGUGAAGGGGAAGCAGGUCUCGGUGGCCCUUAGCAGUGGCUCCAUCCGUGUGGCCAUGCUGGAGGAAAAUGGGGAGCGCGUCCUCAUGGAAGGGAAGCUCACCCACAAGAUCAACACUGAGAGUUCUCUCUGGAGCCUCGAGCCGGGGAAGUGCGUUUUGGUGAACCUGAGCAAGGUGGGUGAGUACUGGUGGAAUGCUAUCCUGGAGGGAGAGGAACCCAUCGACAUUGACAAGAUCAACAAGGAGCGCUCCAUGGCCACUGUGGAUGAGGAGGAGCAGGCGGUGCUGGACAGGCUCACCUUCGACUAUCACCAGAAGCUGCAGGGCAAGCCGCAGAGCCAUGAGCUGAACAUAAAAGUCAAAAGGCAAAACCAGCAGUAAUCCCUGCUUGUCGUGGGAGUUGCCAUUAGUGCCAAGACAUGCACAGGGUGUUGCGGCUCCAGCUGACCCUGCCCUCUUUUUUCUUUUCUCCUUCCUCUCUCUUUUCUUCCUGUUUCGUUUUUCCCUCCCUUGUAUCCUUUCCUCUCCUUGACCUUCCUCUCACUCUCCCCGACCCCCGAUUUUACAUUCUGUGCUGAUGCCCUGACAUUGCCUACUCUUGCCCUUCUCCAAGGCAUGUCAGUGAGGAGGACAGACACAGAUCUGCCUUCAUGGCACUAAGAUUCCAGCCAUUUUAAUCUUAUCUUCUCCAAAGAAUAUUUCAGUUUUGCUUUGCAGUCUCAUCGAUAAUCCUCCCCAGCAACUGGCUGCUCUUGUCUCUCCAUUCCUGAAGGCCUGAGGGCCUCUUACUCUGGUGGUUGUCACACAGCCUGCUGCCCAGGACCAGGAACAGGGUGGUCUGUUCAUUCCAGGCAAGGCAAGGUUUUGGGCCCCAAACUCACACCAAGAUCUUCACUGCCAGCCUGGCGCAGACCAGCCUCAAGAGGAGGGAGAUGGUGGUGCCACACACCAUACGUGUGCACUGUGUGCAUGUGUGCAUACAUGUGACAUCCCAGAGUGCAGCUGGUGUCUUCUCUGUUCCCUGUCACCCCAUUCUGAGUUGGUGUCCUCUGGGCAAGCUGCCUUCCUGGCCCCCAGGGUACUACAGAGCCCAAUGUAGAACAGAAGGUCCCUGUGACAGGCCAUGGGGGGCUCGCCUGUACCCAAUGUACAGCUGCUUGUGACCCAGCACUGGGGAGCCCAGGGACUGGGCAGUGACCCAGUUAGGAAGGAUCCAAAGAAGAAUCUUGAAGACACUAUGGUCUAGUGGAACGAGCUCUGUGUUUUGAAUCCAAAUGUAUUCUGCUACGGACUUGCCGUGGGCCAGACAGCAUGCUGACCCUUAAGGGCAUGUGUGUCCCUGCCCAGAGCACGGCACCCAGAGCACGGGAGACCUUCAGUGACAUGCAGGAGCCCAGGGCUGGUUGUGCGAAGGUGUAGGGCCCGAGGUGACCCCCUUACCAGGGCUGACCUGCUCUUCAACAGCCAGGGAGCCUCCAGGUCGCUGGCCCACAGCUAGAGCGUGUGGUAGCUCAGGGAUGAUUGUGUGUCUGAGUACCUGCCUGGUGCUGCUGCCGAAGUCUCAACUCCUCUCUGCGCUUGACAGGGCCUGGGGAAGGAUCUUCAAAACCUCGGAGCCCUAAGUAAAUCAGAGGUUCCAUGUAAAACAUCCUUAGUGAUUGUAACCGCCUUUUUUUUUUUUUAGCUGAAUGCAGAAACAGACCUCGAAAGGUAGGUCUGUGCCCUUACGUAGCCUCAUGUAGCAGUUUAGCCACAUUUUGCUCAGUUGUCAUCAGGGAUACCUCACAGGAGGGACCCUCUUGAGAGCUCUGUGGUCAGGGUCGCUUCGCUGGGAUCACCAGGCCUCGUAGUGAGAAUGGAAAAGGGCCAGGUUCCCAUGUCAGCCGCCAUCUGCCGUGCACGGCGGCGCAGUCACAGCUACCAGCGCACUCUGGCAGCGAUGCCCAUUUAUGGUGUGAACUCCGAGUCUUCUAAAUUUGCCACAAUUUCAAAUUAUGCUUCUAAUGCCACAGAUGCUGUGUACUUUGAAGCAUUUUUAUUUUGAAGUAACAACACUUUUCUCUUAUUGUUUUAAAUUCUUUUAUGUCAGUAUCAUAACUUCUUUCCAAAGUCAACAAAUUUGAUGCCCUUCAUCUUUUCCCUAAUUUAAUUUCUUUUACACAGAGUUCCCCCAUCUAGGAAAGGAGUGUGGGGUGUACAGGUGCCAUGGCUCAGUCUGCGCUCAGAUGGGGCUAUGUCUGCGAUCUCUCCAGCCUGGUGGGACUGACCCCAACCGUCAAUAGCUGUGACGUUACACAGGCAGAUACCGGCAUUAGCGUGGUCUCUGGUCAUAGACUGAACGCCUACUCUCCACCUUUGCCCCAGGAAAGGUCUGAGCACUGACCCUGGCACCCUGGACUGACUUCCUUAUAAGAUCAAGUCUCCUAAUUUGCAGUUUACACUGUCAGCUUCCUAUGCUGGGUCUCCACCCAGCCACCUAGUUCCCAGGGUGUGGUGGCUGCAGUGCUCCACAGCUGUCACUUGCCCUCCAGCCGUCUUGGGCUCCAUUGAGGGGGUUCGGAGGCCUUGUGCAGCCACCUGCUGAGGUCAUCUGGUUAGUCCAGUCUUGUAUUUGGUGGGGACUGUCCACACCACACCUCCAACAGGUGGAGGGGUAGGCCAGGCCUCCAGGGCCGCACACAGGCGGCUCCCUGCAGCCUUCCCUGCUCCCAGCCACCUGGUGUGCGCCGCUCGCUCAUACCCCAUCGCAGCACCUUGCUCUUGAAAUGGUCUUUCCAAAGUCUCUGAUGUGAGUUACCUGUAAGAAGUUGAAAGUAAUAUUGAUUAAUCCCUAAUAUGUAUUAAGUGUCUUUGAUAUGCUUGUUGCUGCCUUACUUAGCUUUAAAAAUAGGAAAAAGAAAGCCCUCUUGUCAGGAAGGUUGUAUUUUAUUUAAGGAGAGGCCAUGGUGCUGAGAGUCCAGGAGCCUCAUCAGACACCAGAAGUCACCCACACUGCUCGGGUCUGUUACUCUUGUGGCAAAAGAAGAGAUGUCUGUCUUCUGGGCCCUUUCUGCAGGGCUUUCUGUAACGGGGACCAUGAAUCAUAUUGGUAGGGCACCUCUAGCCCUGUGCAGUCUCUUUUGUCUCUUGUGGUCAGAAGAAAGGUGAGGUCAUCCCCAGCCCUGAGUGUACUUGCGGGGCUGGGUGAGGAGGGCGGACGCAGAGAUGCUGUUAGGAAGGAGGGCCCAGCAGCCAUGCAAGUGCUCCCUCACGGGCACAGUCUUCCUCAUAUCCCCUGGCUGUGGUCACACUGCUUGGGCCUGCUUCUACUCUUGGUGACUAGAUAGUUCCAGAAAGGCCACAUGCUGGGAAGAGCUCAGUCAACCAACUCUGUCUCCAAGGAAGCAAUGGGGAAUUCCGACUGGCAGGUCCACCACUGGACAUUGUGCGGCCUCUUCCUCUGCGUCACACCAUGGGUCAACCCUGGAUCGUCUGAUGAUGCAGUUCCCCGUGCUGAGAACUUCCUCCCUGGGAAAGGGGGCAGCACCCUGUCUGCAUACCUUAGUCAUGUCUCUGGUGGGGCUGGGCCACUUUCUCUGUAUAUCUUAGUCCCCACUGGGCCUAGCAUACUUUCUCUACAACCCCAGUGGGCCCGGGACGCCCCACUGCGCACCUUAGCUAGUGCCUGGUAGGACUGUAGGUCCUAUAGCCUGUUCGGAAUUUGGACAGAGAUCCUGGUGGAAAAGGGACAGAAGUUGAACCAUAGAGAGUGGCCAGUGCUUUGCUGGGGACAGAAGAUGGAGGGUUAGAAAUUCAGUCUGUGGAGAGCGCAGUCUGCAGAGAAGUUGGCAGUCCCCCAGCACCUCCCCGGGUGCAGGCUGCACAGGGCAGUGUGGUCCCCUGGCCAGCUGGUCUUGCCAGGCGCAUCCCCAGACCCUGAGGAGGCAGGAAGGCUCUGCCUGAGGUUAGAGUGUGCUCUGGGAGGAGGUAUGCAGUGCUUUGCGAUCUCUUUUAAUCUCUCUAUUUUCUGUUUGUAGAAAGUCCAUGAGAUGCUGAAGAAGGGGUGGGAUGCUGAAGGCUCUCCCUUCCGAGGCCAGCGAUUCGACCCGGCCAUGUUCAACAUCUCCCCCG